AAAAUAAAGUAAUACGCGGAAGAGAGCUAAAAUUGAAUGAGCAAAGAAGAAAUCCACAGCAGCAGCCGCCUGCAUCGCCUCGCUUCUCAUUUGCUUGCGCCCAUGGCUUCGGAAAAAGAGGCUGCUCUUGCUGCUACACCCUCUGAUUCUCCCACUAUAUUCGACAAGAUCAUCAACAAGCAAAUACCGGCCAACAUCGUCUAUGAGGAUGAACAGGUUCUAGCUUUCAGGGACAUAGCUCCCCAAGCACCUACUCACAUCCUCAUUAUCCCUAAAGUUAGGGAUGGACUGAUUGGGAUUUCGACGGCGGAGGAGAGGCACUGUGAGAUUCUUGGCCGUCUGCUAUACACAGCAAAGCUUGUGGCGAAACAGGAAGGCCUUAAGGAUGGCUUCAGAAUCGUGAUUAACGAUGGACCAAAUGGAUGUCAAUCGGUCUACCACCUGCACAUUCAUCUUCUUGGCGGACGUCAAAUGAAUUGGCCGCCGGGCUAAAAACAGAGGCACGAUCAACUACUCAACUUUGUUUGAACUUUGGGAAUAUGAAUAAAUGUAUUAAGAUAGCUGCUUUAUACACUGAAUGAAGUUGAUUGAACCUUGUAGUUUUCCUAGAGAUAUUUGUUACAAUCUGUUGCCAAUUGUGCCUAAUAAUGCGUAUGAUAUUUAUAAUGGUCA